AUGGAAAUAAUGAAUGACGUGAAGACGCUUUCUUCCGACCCAUUUGGGUCUGAACUUGAUAAAAACGAUAUUGAAGAAAAGGUUGAAGUUGCACGCGAUACUAUUGCUGUUCAACAACUGCUAACUCAUGUUCCUGAUAUUGUGAUUAAUUGUGAUCAUAAAAAACAAGUUCCUUACGUCGAACAAUUUAGAGGAGUUUGUCUUUUUGCAGACAUUUCAGGGUUCACGUCUCUAUGUGAAAAGUACAGUUCGCAAACAAGCAGUGACACUGGGACAUGUGGAACUGAUCAACUCAGUGCUACGUUGAACAAUUACUUGGGGAAAAUAGUUGAAUGUAUUUUACGGAAUGGGGGAGACGUUCUAAAGUUUGCAGGUGAUGCGUUGUUUGCGAUUUGGAAGAUUGAAAACACUACGCCUAGUAUCGUUCCUCUAGUAAACAGCGCAACGAUGUGUAGUCUUUCAAUUCAAGAAGAAUGUGACAACUACAUGACUGAUGUUGGUGUUUUACUUCGUGUCAAAACAGCCGUGGCUGUCGGGGUAUUUUAUGUCACGUAUGUAGGUCUUUAUGACAGCAAGCAGUUUGAUAUGUCAGGUCCAGCCAUCGAUGACGCCAAUGCCGCAGAGAAAUGGGCAGAACCUGGUUCAGUUGUAUUGUCUCAACUCGCCUGGGAUAAUUGUGAACAUGCGUUGUUCGCACACGAACUUAUUGAAGAUGGUCAUCACUAUAAGGUAAUUGGUGUGAAACACCAGGACGCUAUACCACCCUGCGAAUUUACAAACAUGUCGUAUUUAUUUGGAUCAAUGUCAGCGGUGCUCACAGCUCAUUCUAUGCGUCUAACAACACCAAGCAUCGCUAAACGAGCCCUCGGACCUCAUCUCGGUGACUUCUACGAGAAAUAUUUCCCGUAUUGGAAAUGCCCGAAGAUCUUCUGUAACACCCGUGCAGGUCGCAAAGAAAUGAUAGUUGAUAAGGUCAAGGUCUCCUCAGGCAUUGCUGGACUCAUGAGCUAUGACCCUGAUGCACGUCUGUUGAUGUACAGCAAGCUAACUGAUGAAGAAGUGGACGAUCUGCGAGCUUAUGUUCCUAAGCCAGUGUUAUAUAAAAUCGAUCAUCAUCAAGAUCUGGAGUGGUUAUCAGAAAUGCGCCAGGUGUCCGUGUUGUUCGUCAACAUGGCCUUACCACACAAUGUUUGUGAUGCCGCCCAGGCUGUUCAGAAAGCGUACGAAGUCAUUUAUGACACUGUUAGACGACUAAAAGGCAACUUGAACAAAGUGUUUUCAUUUGAUAAGGGCUGUACAUUUGUGGUGAUAUUUGGUCUCCCGGGUGAUAAACACGACGAUGAUCCAGCAAGAGCUGUGAUUGCUGGUUACAAAAUCAUGGAGAUACUUCGUACUGUCUUGGAAAUAACAAAUGAGUCAAUUGGGAUUACCACAGGACGAGCUUUUUGUGGUGUGGUUGGUCAUCUAGACAGACAUGAAUAUACUGUAAUUGGCAGUAAAGUGAACAUGGCGGCUCGUCUGAUGAUGAACUACCCAAGUAUUGUGAGUUGUGAUGAAGAGACGUAUAAAGCUGCCAUAACCAAAUUGAACAAACAAGAUUUCGAAUCGCUGCCAUUUAAGGAGUUGAAAGGAAUUGCCGAGCCAGGCGUCAUCAGAGAAUACACCAAAGAUCACGAAGAGAAAGAGAAGGAGAUUUUCCGCAAGUUGCUGCGUGAAAUCAAGGCCGAAGACAGUCAUUUGGACAGCAAAGGAAAGUUUGUGUUGAUUGUUGGAGACACAGGAAUUGGAAAGACCCGAGUGUUGGAAGAAUUCAUGGAUACGGCUGAGAAUGAUGAAUUCAGGAUGGAUUUCGUGGAAGCUGAUAUGGCGCAUGCGCAGACACCAUUCUACAUUGUCCAGAAUUUGAUCACGACACUACUGCAACUGGAAGGUUGCAACUCUGUGAGUGAAAGAGAAGCGAAGAUUUUAGACUACAUCAAUGAUGAAGAUUUGAAAACUGAACUUUGCUUGCUUAACGAUUUACUUGGAACCCACGCACCAGGUCACGCUAAACUGAUCCACAUGGAUGACUCCACAGUCGCAGAACAUCAACAUAUGUUGCUCUUUGAAAUUGUUCAUCAGGUUGUGCUCAAGGAACCGUGUAUCUUCGCUGUCGAGAAUGGUCAUUUCAUUGACAACGAAUCCUGGAACUUCCUUGAGGACUUAGUGAGUGAUUCACACGCCGUUCUUCUCAUGACCAUAAAACCUCUGAAUACCAUCACUAACUUCCCGGAAUCUGCCAAAAGAUUGAUCUCAGACAGCAAGACUAUGAAGAUGACUUUAGGUAUUGACAAUGUCGAAAGGGCUUUUGCGAGGUGUUGCGAUGUUGUCGUGUCGGCCUGA